UCGUCAUCAAACCGCGCCGUGAUACUUCCACGAAGAUGCUAUAUUAAAAAAGAUACUUUAAACGCUAACAGCUGAGUAGGCUGUUUGAAACAAAUUCCGUAUUGUUAAGUCUCUGUUCUGUGGUCAAGUCGGGUCCUAAAAUCGUUCAGGCCUUUGGCCUUUUCUACGCUCGCACGCUACGUUUAGGAUAGACACGAGUAUUCGCGUAUUACCAAUGUCAUUGUCAAUAACAAGCAAGUCGUUCUUAGGGGCAGAUCAGAAUCUUGUAUUACUCCACUGUCUUUCACCGCAUGGGAAUAACUAGCGGCUGCAUUAGCGGUAAAGAAAAGGUUAGUGAAGUCAGUUGCCUCAAGCAGCAAGAACGGAAAUGCUUACAUUUGGCUUAACAAUAGUCCGACAUGGUGAAACCCAGUACAAUAAGGACAAGCUGCUUCAAGGUCAGGGUGUGGACUUGCCCCUGUCAGAGACUGGGCUGUGGCAGGCCGAGAUUGUGGGAAACUACCUCAGUGACCUGAAGUUCACCAAUGCGUUCAGCAGCGACCUGCAACGAGCCAGACAGACUGCUGAUAUCAUCCUGAAAAACAACCUACACAGCUCAGGCUUGGAGGUCAUCAGAGACCCCCUGCUCAAGGAGAGGAGUUUCGGGAUCGCGGAAGGGAGGCCCGUGGACCACCUGAAGAACAUGGCCAGCGCGGCGGGCCAGUCGUGCCCCAGUUUCACCCCGCCGCAGGGGGAGACCCCGGAGCAGGUGAAGCUGCGGGUAGAGGAGUUCAUGAGGGUGCUGUUCCUGCGCAUGGUGGCCGAUCACUGCAGCCCAGACGAGCAGCCGGAGGGGCCGAACUGUAGCGGGGCGCCCCCGGCGUCCCACAGCGGGACCGACGGGCCCCUCGCCGGCCGGCCCGACGACGGGCUCCUGGGCGUCUCCGCCCACGCCCUGGUGGUCAGCCACGGGGCCUACAUGCGCAUCGCGGUGCGCCACCUGGUGGAGGACCUGGGUUGCUCCGUCCCCGCUAACGCGAAGACGUCCCAGCUGUUCUCCGCCUGUCCCAACACGGGCGUGUGCCGAUUCGUCUUCACCCUGCGGCCGACCGACUCGGACCCCGCCCCUGUCGCCUGCCGCUGCGUCUUCAUCAACAGGAAGGAGCAUUUGAAGGCCGCCAAGGGGACAGACUAGCGGAGGAGUGCAGGAGGGAGGGAAUAGCGGAAGAGGAGUAGAAGAGUGUAGCUGAUGGAGGGAGGAGGAGAGCAGAACACUGGGCGCUGCAGCCCCACGGUCAAAAUGUGGUUCCGUUAAUUUUAUUUAAAUCCAUUCCAUAUGACAUCAUUUGGUUCAUGCUUCCCUUCAAGCAGAUAUGCAAGUCAAAACAUUUUAAUUGGUUGAUGGCGAAAACUGAAAAAUGCACGAAGAAUGCUCAAAAUAUAUAAAUUUAAGUAGUACAUUUUAAUCUUUUUAGAAAAAACAUCUCUUCCUGGUUGGUGAGCUGUACAUGUUCAGCACUAACUGCACUGUAGGUGUGUGAACAUCCCAAACAGGAAGCUUCACUCAUUAGACUUGCUAUUGGUAUUGAUUGGAUGCCCUUAACCAACAUCCCUGCAAGGUAUCAGUGUCUUGGCAGGGUGAAGCCUCUGCUCUCUGGUAAAUGCUAAAUAAAUCCUAAAUAUGGGCCCUCUUUUGUUGGAUCAGUAGUAAGCUUUACAAGAAUAGAAAAAAUCUUGUCCCUGAUUUUUUUAAAAUAAUAGACAUUUUGUAAUUUAUGUGCUGACUGAUUUUGUAAAGCAGUUUUUCAAUUAUAAGUCAUUGGGUCUUUUUCUUCUGUUGACAGCCCAACACAUGUAUAACACAACAGGCUCACAACAAUCACAGCCUCAUUUUACAAGACUACAUGUAACAACCAAGGGAGAGCAGAAAAUGUUUAAAAAAUUUUGGGAGGGGAAGGGGUCACUUAUUUGGCUGUGCCAUCAUAUGGUUGAGCCGGUUGCUGUAGACAGCAUGCAGUACUUCAGUUCAGUACUGAGGAAUAGACUUAUAGUGCACGGUCACAGGGUAGUCAGGCUGCAUGGGAAACUAGUAUUGACCCAACAUUCAGUCAUUUUCCAGUAUCUCAUAUGACGGAUGAUGUAAUAAACUGACCAAUAAUGAGCUGCUGUUCCAGUGCCCUGCUCUGUAUGGAAUACAUAAAGGCUGAGUGUGGGAAAUGCGAAUGCAGUAAGUGAAUUACUACUUGAACGUCCAUGAGUUCAGUUAGCGGGAUCCACACACUAAGUACUGUAUGCACAUCAAUCUAAAUGAGGGGUCCCCUGCUGCUGGUCUCCUGGCUGGCCUAAUGCAAUUAUAAUUUCUUUUUUGAUGUGUCCAAGAAAGCUACUGCUGAAUAACUGUAUUUAUGUAUAACCCAAACUACCUGAGACACUGAGUGUUAAUGAGUCCUGCAUGAUUCAGCGAAAUACUUCACUGAGAAGAAAAAACUUUGUAUUUAUGAGCAAGAAAUUACUUGCAUAUGGUGAUUAAAGACUGCUCAUUUUCCUUAUAUUUUGAAUGCCUUAUGAUGUGUCUACAGUAUGUUUCACAUUACAGAAGAAUUAAAGAAGCAACGUAA